GACGUCAUUGGAUCGUUUUGAGAAACCGUAAUGCCAGCGCCAAGUUAUUCAUUUCCUGAGGAUGUUGGCACUCUCUCCGCCAUGUUCUGAGCGCUGUCAUGUCCUAAGGUUGCUGGCACUGGCCCUAUCUGGGUUGGUCCACAGGCCGGAGGAACAGUGCACCAAGAGCCAGUGCCAAACUGAGAUCUGUGAAGUGAGGAUGUGAGGUCGUAGCCCUUCCGGUUAAACAUUAACCUAAGAUAAAACAUCAAGCCAUCUCGAACUAGUGCAGUGUCUGAUUAUAUUUUACAGAGAGGGUGAUCUAAUUAAAACUAAAGAAUAAGACACCAGGUCGUGAGGAGGCGUCAGUCUGACUUCGAAGAGAAAAAUUAAAAAGAAGAAGAGAAAUAGGAAGAAAGGCAAACCAUCACAAUGUACAUUCUGGCGUUCCUCUUUGCUUCCACCCUGUUGGCCACUGAGGCCCUCGGCGCUAAACGUCGGUGCGAAGAGUUCACCGUCCUGCAGAGCGAGAUGGAGACGCUGAAGGAGGAAAAUCAGCUUCUCCACGGGGAGGUGACUGCACUCAGGACCACCGUCGAGAGCCUGGGACAGAGCCUCGAAGGACUCUCUAAAAUGGUCACGAGAUCCUUGCCAGAAGACUGCAGCCAGGCCAAGGCCAGAGGAGCGUGGUCCGCGGUGACUUUGGUCGCGCCGCCGGGCAUGGGGCCUCGGGAGGUGGCGUGCGACCAGCAUAUGGCCGACGGCGGGUGGACAGUCGUCCUGGCGCGGCGCCCCCCGUCGACCCCUCGCCACCACGCCAUCCACGAGUCGCGUUUGCCCAGGACAGAAUUCAACACGAGCUGGGGCGAAUAUAAGAAGGGUUUCGGCGACCCUCGAGGGGAAUUCUGGCUGGGUAACGAAGUCCUCCACGCACUCACGCGCGAUGUCCCGCACCAACUCCACGUCCACCUCACCGACUGGGACGGCAACACCGCCUCCUCCACCUGGGACUACUUCAGGGUAUCCAGUGAAAGUGACAAAUACCGGCUGAGCGUGAAGGAAUACCGGCCAGACAGCACAGCGGGCGAUGGUUUUCGUCACCAUGAUAGUCAUGAAUUCUCCACGUACGACAGGGACAAUGACGUGUAUCCAGAGGAGCACUGCGCCCAGCUGUUCGGGGGCGGUUGGUGGUACUUUCGGUGUUACGAAUCGCACCUGACGGGCGAGGCGCUGCGCCAGGGCCAGGAAGAGCACCACGGCAUCGUAUGGAGGACGUGGCAAGGUCUCCGGAGCCUCAAAGCUGUCACCAUGAUGAUCAGACCGCGAGUCCGGUUGUGCAAGCUGGGGCAAGUGUGUGUCAAGCCACUGGAGGGGCGGUAAAGUCCUGUGCUUCGCCUGUGGUUUUAGAGGAUAGGUUUUUGAACAUGUUAGAGCUCAUGGAGUUUAUAUACUCAUGGUAUAGACGUGUGUGUGUGUUUUUGUGUUUGUUUGUUUACGUGCGCGCGCGCGCGUGUAUGUGUGUGAACAAAUAACUAGUUUUGGAUUAUUAUAUAUAUUGUUGCUAGUGUGUAUGAUUACUAUAGAGAUUAGGUAAAUACUUUUGAUAUUUUAUCCAGGAAAUAAAUACUUAUUGUCUC